AUGCCCAAGAGAAAGAAAAUUAACUGUGAAGAACUUAUACCCAAGAGACCUCACAGAGAAUUGAAAACAAAAAUAGUAUUUGAUCCAUCUGAUACUCAUGUACCAAAGAAGAGAAGUAAAUAUUCCUAUACAAAAAACAAACCUAUGGAAGCAACUAAUAUGAAAAAAACUACAAAUGAUGGUAGAAAACAACAUGAUACAACAAAGUCAAAAAGUCCCUCUGUAAAUCCAGUAAAUGGGGUAACUGAAGUAUUUGAUUGUAUGUCAACUGAAGAAAUCAAUACUACAUCUCAAAUACAUUCACCAAUACAAUUUCAAGGAAAACGGGUUACUCCUAAAGUAAACGCAUCAAAAAGUUGUUUUAUUUGUGCCAAAAUUUUAGGAAAGACAGAAUUAAUUGAUUGUCCAAUUUGUUUUAUCAAAGUUCAUAAACACUGUUUAAUAGUCAGUGAGCCCAUGUGGAAAUUUAAACUGGAUUUGGGUCCUUGGUUCUGUAAACAAUGCAGAAAACAAAAUUGUCACAAAUGUCUCAAAGAUGAAUCCCAGUCGGAGAUACUGUGUCGCUGCAUAACUUGUGAAGUCGGAUUACAUAUGGUUUGUUAUGACUCCUAUGAAAUGAAACCAUUACAAAAAUUGAAAACUAAUAAUAUGUAUGUAUGUAUGCCUUGCAUGACUUUGGCUAUUCAAAUAAACCCAGAAGAAGAAGACGUAGUAGAUGCAGAACAAUUGUAUAGUGAUGAUGAUGUCAAGUCACGCACCUCAAGUAAUAUGUCUUUAUCAUCUGACGAAGAUGACACAGAUUCAGAAAGUAGUAUAUCCGAUAGUUCAUCAGGAUAUAAUGAAAACGAUGAAUUUGAAAUCCCAAAUAUAUCAAAAUGGAAUCAACAACAAGUGUUUGAAUAUUUAUCAGAGAAAUUACCCAAAGAAAUUGUUCAUCAAAUAACUAAAUUUAAGCUCGAUGGCCAAGCUGUACUUUUACUUCAACGGACCGAUAUCACACCGAACAUGGGUAUGAAACUUGGACAUGCCUUGAAAUUUUACCAACAAGUACGCAUUUUACAAACCCAAAGUACACUCAGUAGAUUAUAUUGGGGAUAA